AUGAUGGCGCCGUUUAACCAUUUCCUUCCUUGUUAUGAGCACAGACUACCAGUACGCCCCUCGAGCGGUACCAGUGGAUGGUGUGGAGUACCCAAUCAAUGCACCAUGCCUCUUGAAUACUGCGAAUUUUCCCCAUCACCAGACAAGUGCCGCCAGUGGUUAGAGAAGAACCUUCCUGAGGAAUUCGAACAACUGGUAUCGUGCACUGAUGACUCCGUACCGGUUCCGGAGACUCAUCCUAAGGGCCGCCAGGUUCGUGGAGGCAAGGGGACUAGUCGAAAGACAGUCAAACAAAAAAUAACCGUUUUCAAAACUUCGAGAGGGAAGAAAAAGUAUACUACCAGUGUUAUUGGAUUGUCCACAUUUGUUCCAUCGCGACGAGGCUGGACCCUAAUGUUUUACGAUGGUAUACCUACCUCCGGGACCAAAUGA